CUUAACCCAGUAUGGAGAGGUAGCCACCUCCUUCAACACGGCCUCAUUACUCCUCCACACUCCACCUUGAUUACUUGCCCUGUGAUUCUUCAUCCCUGAACCACAACCACAGAGAAGCCAUGGGAAACGCACAGAGUGGAGGGAUUCCCAGAGAGAUCCUGGAUGACCUCAAGCUGACCACCAGGUUCUCUGAAGCUGAGAUCACCCAGUGGUACGAUAACUUCCAGAAGCAGUGUCCUUCAGCUCGCAUCACACCAAAACAGUUUGAGGAGAUCUACGGUAAAUUCUUCCCCGAAAGUGAUGCCAAGGCCUAUGCCCAACACGUUUUUCGGUCCUUUGAUGCCAAUGAUGAUGGAACAUUAGACUUUCAGGAGUACGUUGUUGCUCUUCACAUGACCUCUUCAGGCAAGUCCACCUCGAAGCUGGAGUGGGCUUUCUCACUGUUUGAUGUGGACAAGAAUGGUUACGUCACAAAAUCUGAAGUGAUUGAACUCAGCCAGGCCCUUUUCAAACUCAUACCCAAAGAGAAGCAGGCAAAUCUUCCCAGUGAUGAAAGCACGCCAGAGAAGAGAGCAGAGAAACUCUGGUCCAUCUUUGACAAAAAGGACAAUGAGCGAAUCGCAGAGGGGGAGUUCAUCCAAGCCGUCCAAGAUAGCGAGAUUGCACUACGGCUCAUUCAGUAUGACCAUAAAUGAUCCAACAUAAUCAUCACGCAAACGGCAGUUUUCUCAUGCUUGACUUCAUGUGCAUUUGUUGUACAUUAAAUGUGCUCAUUAAAGAUUCACCAUCCUUAAUUUGGGUC